AUGACUGCUACUAAUUCUAAAAUUAAACACUCGAACACCGACGUCUUGAUCGUGGGUGCUGGUCCCUCCGGUCUAAUGGCAGCAACCUGGUUGGCCAGAACUGGUGUACCCUUCAGGAUAAUCGAUAAGAGAUCAAAUGACAUUUUUUCUGGACAGGCUGAUGGUUUACAAUGUCGUUCGCUCGAAGUGUUCAAAUCCUUUUCGGGCACAACCUUUGAUAUGGCUGGAAUGGAUUCGGCUUGGAAGAUGGGUAACCAUAUGAUUGAAAUUUGUUUCUGGAGUCCAGACGAGAACGGCAAGUUGGUGAGAUCAGGAAGGAUUCCCGAUACUAUCCCAGGAAUUUCUCGUUUUCAGCAGGUAGUUAUUCACCAGGGCUACAUUGAGAAUUGGUUUGAAAAAUCAAUCAAGAAGUUCUCUGGAGACUCGGUCGAGGUGGAAAGGCCAUUCUUGCCUUUGAACAUCAAGAUCGAUGAAAGUAAAGUUGACGAUCCAGACGAAUAUCCCGUAGAAAUCUUAGUCAGAAACUUGAGUAAGGAUAAAUUGUCUAAACCUGAACAAUACGACAAUGCUGUAGCUAAUGGUCUCUACAGACAGUUCGAAGGUGAUCAAGAGAAGUUCUAUGACAACAUGCAAUCAGACAUUGAAAACGAUCCUACUUUGGAUGUAAGCGAGUAUGAAAUUAUUCACUGCAAGUACUUGCUUGGUUCAGAUGGUGCCCAUAGUUGGGUGAGAAAACAAUUAGGAAUUGACAUGGAUGGUGAAACCACCGAUUUUGUUUGGGGUGUCUUGGAUAUGGUUCCAAUCACUGACUUCCCUGAUAUCAGAAGUCGUUGUGCAAUCCAUUCCAAAGACUCUGGUUCAGUUAUGGUUAUUCCAAGAGAGAAUGAUUUGGUUAGAUUGUAUAUCCAGUUGAAGGAAGUUCCUAGAGACCCUAGGACAAAAACAGAAGCUUCAAAAUACACUGGAAAUGUCGAUGACAAGAAUGCCGCUUCAAAGGGAAGAAUAGAUCGUUCGAAGAUUACUCCAGAACUAAUCUUAAAAAAUGCACAAGAAAUCAUGCUGCCAUUCAAGUUAGAAAUGACAGACUUGGAUUGGUUCACUGGCUAUCAAAUUGGUCAAAGAGUCAGUCCUCAAUUCAACAAGUAUAACAGAGUAUUUAUAUCAGGCGAUGCUUGUCAUACACAUUCACCAAAAGCUGGUCAAGGUAUGAAUGUCUCCAUGAUGGAUACUUACAAUCUUGGGUUCAAGUUGGCACUUGUAUGCAAAGGUUUGGCCAAACAAGACAUAUUGAAGACUUACGAAAGUGAAAGACUUCAAGUUGCUAAAGACUUGAUUGCCUUUGACCAUAAGCUUUCGAGAAUGUUCAGUGGUAAACCUAUGAUUCCUCAAGCGGAAUCUUUAGAAGAAGGAGUUGAUAUGGACGAGUUCCAUAAAGCUUUCCAAUUAGGUAAUGAAUUUGCUUCGGGUACCAUCGUUGACUACAACGACUCGGUAUUGAUCGACAAAUCGAACGUUCUACCUGCUGAUGAAAAAGAUAGAACGAUGUCCAAGUAUGCAAAGAAGAUACCUGUAGGAAGAAGAUUGAACACAGUCAAGAUUAUCGCGCAUGCUGACGGAAGACCUUAUCAUAUAGCUGAUCGUCUUCUUUCGGACGGCCGUUUCAGAGUAUUGAUAUUUUCGGGUGAUGUUAAGAAGUUCACAAAAAACAUGGACACAUUGGAUGAAUUCCAGACUUACCUUGAAUCUGAAGAACAUUUUGCUAAGAAGUUCACACCUCCAAAUGCCUUCGAUAACUCUGUUAUCGAUGUCAUUACAGUUCACGCAUCUAACCGUUACGAUGUAGAACUAUUUGACUUCCCAGAAUUUACUAGGCCACUUGAUUUCAAGUCUAGACGUGACUACUGGAGACUUUAUUCUGGUGUUGGCCGGACUUACCAUGAAGGUACACUUGAUGCCUAUGAAGAGUACGGCAUUGACAAAGAAAAAGGUGCUGUCGUAGUUGUCAGACCAGACGGCUAUGUUUCUUUGGUCACUGAGUUUGGUAUUUCUGGAUUGAAGGAAAUCGAUGCCUACUUUGACAAGUUCAUGAUUCCUCAGUCGAAAAACGCUUUACCAGUUAAGUCACAAGGAGUUGAUGACAAAAAGAGAUUCGUGAAGCCAUUGUUAGCUGUUUAG